CUGACCAGCGAAACAAAUAGAGCGCCGUUGUAAAUAACAAACCGUCCGAGUAGAUUCCGAAAGAGAAUUUUCGACGAGAACGCAUGGUGCACGAUAGACUGAAAGCGCCUCGGUGUUGCCAGUUCGUGUUUCCACGGCGUAGGUCGUCCGUACGAGAAACAACGUGCAACCGCGAGUUCAGCCACGAUUCACCGUUGAAUGCGUCACGCGUGUGCACGAAAAUCAAGGAAAGCAACAAAUCGAGAAUCACCAUCGCCAGGAUGCAAUUGCGAAAGCGAAGCUACCUCGCGCCACGUCUCUACCUGCGGCUCGCCUAGCUCCUCAUGCUAGUCUCGUCUUCCGAAUUGCUUGGAACACAGCAUGAAGGAGAUGCUUGGAGGGUGCUGCGUGUGUUCUGACGAGAGGGGUUGGACUGAAAAUCCGUUGGUGUAUUGCGAUGGUCAAGGUUGCACGGUUGCCGUACACCAAGCUUGCUAUGGUAUCGUCACAGUGCCAACAGGACCAUGGUACUGCAGGAAGUGCGAAUCACAGGAACGUAGUGCCCGUGUGCGCUGUGAGUUAUGCCCGAGCCGUGAUGGAGCUCUUAAGAGAACAGAUCAGGCUGGCUGGGCACACGUGGUUUGUGCAUUGUACAUACCAGAAGUUAGAUUUGGUAAUGUGACAACUAUGGAACCGAUCAUUUUGCAACUUAUACCGUCGGAAAGAUUUAGUAAGUCGUGUUAUAUAUGUGAAGAACAAGGAAGAGGCAGUAGAGCAAAUGUAGGAGCCUGUAUGCAGUGCAACAAGACAGGCUGCAGGCAGCAAUUUCAUGUUACGUGUGCUCAGGCUCUUGGCUUGCUCUGCGAAGAAGCUGGCAACUAUCUUGAUAAUGUUAAAUAUUGUGGAUAUUGCCAGCAUCAUUAUUCAAAAUUGAAAAAGGGUGGUAAUGUAAAAACCAUACCACCUUACAAGCCAAUACCUGCAGAUAAUGGCUCAUCAGAUUCGUCGCCAGAAAAGGAAGCAGAGACACCAAUAAAAUCUUCAUCAAGUGGUAAAAGAAAGAGUUCAAGUUCCAAAUCCACUACCAAUUCUAAAAACAAAUCCAAUACUAGUCCAAGUCUAGAAAUAAAUGGCGUUGCUGACGACAAAAGCAGCAGCGGCCGUAAUACACCCAAAGACAGCACCACAAAUUCCAGUAAAUUCACAACUUCCAACUUCGUAGAGACAAUCGUCACCCAAUCGGAGAGUGUGUUUGGACAUGAUGGCACUACUUCCACUACCGCAGUAGCCGCUACGACGAUUAAAUCAGGAUCGAAUUCGAACUCUGGCCAUAAAAACAGUGGACAAACGAAAUCGAACUCCUCGUCGUCGAACAAGACGUCGAGUCACAGUAAAAAGAGAAAAACGGGAGCUCGUACACCAACAGUGAUAGGAAAUGAAAAUUCGAACCAAUCUGUCAGCUCGGAGGCCAGCGGAUCGGUUGUUGUUGCUGUCAGCUCCAUUGUUCAGCAAGCUGUUUCGAGCAAUAACAUACAAACAACAAUUACGGAAGCGACAAGCUUAAGUACAACUACCGAACCGGAAAAGUCAAAAAAGUUGAAGGUUGAAAGCCCAAUUCAAUCGUCAAAUACUCCAGUCACUACGGAAGCGACUACUACACCUGUGAUAAUGACGGUAACACAGUCUCAAUCAUCGACUGUUGCCCAAUCGCCGACAACUACUUCAAACAGUAUAGUUGUAUCUGUUCCAUUGACGGCAACUUCUCUAUCUAAUACGGUGCAGAGCGUAGUAACAAGCGCGCCAACGCUUUAUCAGCAACUACAGCAAAGUAUCAUCACCACUGCGGCUAGUAUGGAAGCGAGAGCAAACGCUGCUGCAUCGAAUUCUGAAAGAUUUUUACCAGACGAUGCACCUGCUAAGAGAUCUCGUUCCCAGUCGUCAGAUAAACAAGAAAAAUCUCGAAAGCCAAAGCGUGGAUCAUCAAACAGUCAACCAGCACUGCCCCAAACGCAAUUACAAACACAGCCGCAACAGCAGCAGCAGCAGCAAUCCCAGCCAUCAGCUUCUUCCGUUGUAACAUCUGUAUCCAGCAGUGCAGUAGUAACGACGUCCAAACGAAGUGGAAGAAGUAACCAUCAAACUCCUCCACCUGCUAUAACUGUUGCACCUGUACCAUCCAUUAUUCAAGGACCGACGUUAGGCACUGGUCACUUCAGUAGCAUUAAUUCUGGUUCCGCGAAUGCAAUGGGUCCUACCGUCAAAGAGUCUCCCCCAAGUAGUCCCGGUUCCGAGAGCAUGAGUAGUAAUGGACCAGGCAGAAGAAAGAGAAAAAGUGCUAGCGCAGCUUCUACGACACCUACGCCUUCAGCGUCGAGUACCCCAACGCUUACAAAUCCUAAAGAAGAGAAAGAUAUUAAGUUGUUUCAGAAUGGAGUUAGCGCACCUCACAUGUUAGGAAAUCAGUUGAAUCCAACAUCAACAAUGGCACAAAAGAUGUCUGACACGCUAUCGCAGGAGCUAGAAGCGCACUCUAUUUUUACAGAAGCUAGUAAUUCUACGACGAAUUUAGUUGGCCCACAGCUACACAGUCGAGUAAUAGCCUCUAUACGAUCCAAUCAAACAGGUGCACCGCCCACAUCGUUUUCUUCAGUUUUUAAUACAAAUAGCAAUACAAACUCCAACCUCAAUGCCAAUAGUAAUACAAGUACCAAUAUUACCGCUACCGGUUCUUUGGGAGGUGGAACAAUACCUCAAACAUUGGAUCAGCUUCUGGAAAGACAGUGGGAACAGGGAAGUCAGUUUUUGAUGGAGCAAGCCCAACACUUUGACAGUGAGUUUGCUUCCCUACUUUCGUGUCUUCACCAAUUAAGGGCAGAGAAUCUUAGGCUAGAGGAACAUGUAAAUAGUCUUUUGCAAAGGAGAGAUCACUUAUUGGCUGUGAAUGCUAGACUUGCUAUCCCACUGACGACUCAGCCUAGUGCACAUCCAGUAAAUAACAUACAUCCAACCGUCAACCCGUCGCAUCCUAAUGUACCGCAUCCUGAAGUUCCUCCAGGAGCUGCGGCGCCUGUUCCGAGAGUGAACCGGGAACCUCGAGUAAAUAACACGUAUAUGCCACAUUCGAGCGCCAGUAAUCACUCGACGACGUUAGAGAACGGAUUACCUCCGGAUCCUUCUCCUCCAGCCGCUGCUUCGCUUUCUCAGUAUCAACACCGGACAUCGUUGGUUGCUCCUCAGCCGAGUCCAACGAUCAGACAUAGUCCAGCUGGGAGCGCGUAUCAUCAAGGACAACCAAGCAAUAUAGUAUCCCCAGCACCGGCUGGCAAUUCCGGAGUGGUGAGAAAUUCGUCCGUCACACCGGAUCCCGUGCGUGGAAUACCAAGGUCAGUGCCACAGUCAUCGAGCAAUUACAUGCCUUCGAUGUAUCAACCCACUGUGUCCAGUCUCGCAAGUAAUCAAGUAGGUAAUGUUCAUAAUCUUCACUCACAUGGACCUUCUCCACCCAGCCAUGGACCACCAGGGAAACCUAGCUGAAGAUAGAUGCAAACAGCGAGCGAAGAGCGUGCUGCAUCCGUUGACCGACGUAAUAGUAAUAAAACUUGAUCAGAAAAGGACAGGGAAUUCGUCUCAUCCGCAAGAUCGGCUUUACGUGCUUCUUCAACGAAUCGGUUCCGAUUAAUACAGUUGACUGGUCUCUGUUCGAUUAAUCGAUCGGUGGUUUUACAAUUGCAUUAACAGGACAAAGACUAACACCUUUAGACAGGAAGAAAAUAUUUGCAUUUAUCGUUUAAACGACGCGUUGUUCAUAAUUUUAUUCGCUCGCGAAUAAGGGCUCGUGAAUACGCAUGUUUUCGCAUCCACAUUUCCAUUGUUUUUCCUCAAGAUGAAAUUCAGUUACAGUAGUUUAAUUUCAUACGCAUUAAACGUCACAAUGACAAGCAGUAAAAAUAGAGGCCUUGUAGUUUAAAGGAAAAAAAAAACAGUUCUAGACGUAGAGAAUAUUGGUUCUUCCGUUUCUCCUUGGUUAGACGUUGUCGAGCAUGUCUGAGACAAUCUAUUCAUCGUCGGUAUCGUAACGUGAGAAAACAUAAAAAGAAAAAAAAGAAACUGCAAAUCCACAGAUGUACAAAUUUUAGACUGUAAGUUAAUCUAUCGCGACGAAUAGCAAUAAUAUUACAAGUAGGUGUAUAUUUUAACGAAACGUUGAUUGCGUGUAAGUCUAGUGGUACGACAAAGUCGCCCAUAUUGUUUUUACAUAGGCAUUUUUGCUGAACAGUUCGUCGACAUCGAUUUUAAGAAUGCCAUGCUGUACAAUGUUUUGGGGAUUCCUUUACCGCACCACUGUCGAUACGUCGCAGAAGGCUAACGCCUUUGUAAUGAAUUUGUAAAAUACGAUUGACCUAUUUCACAGUCGAAUCAAUGUAUAUUCUAAUCUUAUACAUAUAGAAACAUACUACUUAGACGUAUAACUCGAGCACUGCCUUCCACCAAUAAACUCGCUGUGAAACAGGUUAAUAGAUAGUCUUUAGAGCGAAUACAUGAUUUGUUUUUACAAUACUUAGGAACUGCUUCAAUCGCAACCAUAAGUUCCAUAUCUUUGACAAUGGGAUGCGUUGAUGUUUUCGUAUAGCAGGUUCAUUUGCGAUUCAUCUUUCUUUCUUGCUAGUACCUUACCUUUCUCGAUGGCAGCACACACGCGCUUUUAAUUAAUCAGUAGACUUUUGUCGAUCACGAAAAAGGAAAUUCUACAAGAAUACUUUUAAACGGUAUGACUAUUUUUCGUCGUUUGCUUUACUGCCAGAUGGAUUCUUUAAUUAAAAUUCAUUGAUAGUGACGGGAACUUUAAAAUGAAACGAAUUCACUUUCUUUUCGUUGCAGAUUUUGGACUGUUAGAGUUAGAAAACAUUUCGUUGUAUAGAACGAAAAUUUUGUUGAAAUAAAAUUAAACGUAUUACCGUAUUGUGUUCCGCGCUGAGAAGUAUUAUUUUAUGGAAAGACGAUUUGAAAUCGGUGCGUACUGUGUUCGAGGAUCGUAAAUUUAUGAUGGAAAUUUGUUUUUAAAGCGAACAGAGAACCUCUAGGCUUACUCUGUAAUACGAUGUAGUGGUAGAUCACGAGGACACCAAACUUUUCAAGAUAGCUCGUCACCACUCAGGGAAAAAUCGAUUUACUAUACAAAAUUAUGUCGAGUUUUCUUCGUGUACGUCGGUUGUGUCGAGAACGAAGUGUUGGUCCAAUUAUUGUACAUACGUUUCACGUCGAAACACCAAUACUGCAUUCGUCAUUAUUUUAUGGUACUUAAAAGUCUCGUGAGACAGCCUGAAUUACUUGUACAGAAAUUGUCAAGUCUGGAAACUUCGAUACGAAAUUAACGAUUCGAAUUGUACGAUAAAAUGUCAUGCUGUCUCGAAGAUCAUUCGACGACUUUGUCGAGAAAAAGGAUUUCCAACAAUCGCGAGUAAUCGUCGAAGACAACAGUGCGUUUAUACCGAUGAAGAGUAUUUUAAGCGUUAUCUCGAUGUAGUCUUGUUGUACGUUUUAAGAAUAAGAGAGACGAGAACAAAGCGUGUACGAUAGAGACGAAUAAGUGAAGUUAACAGAGAGCAGUAAACGAUAAUAUUUUUACACAACAGACCGUGCCAAAUUUUUGCAAUCGAAUCAUUGAACUCUUCUCGAUUUCUUAAGCGACUCUUAUCGAAGCAACGAUGAACAGCCGUUCAAGAUUUUGAGGCUUAAUCCUUUUUUAUUUAAAAAAUUAAAACAUUCGAUCAACUGGAAAUUUAACCCUACUAAUUACGCUCUCGUUUACCUUGUGUUCAAUUUCAAAUCGUACAAAUAAAUUAUUGUGUUCCUAAUCCACCCUGGUGGGUUGGUUCUCGAAGCUUCUAUCGCUUGGAAAUUUGAUUUUUAUUUGACCAAAGUCUCUAAUUAUGGGAAACAUAGGGUUUAUACAGAACGAACAAGCUGUUGGGAGCAUUGCUGACUUUUUAUGAAAAAGUAUCUGUAAAUUAGAAGUUUUUAUUGUAAGUUUUGUGUAAACCCAAUGUGGCUCUAUUUGUUAGAAUCUUCUAUUCGCUAGUAGCUUUAUUGUAACUCUUAAAUGUUUCGUACGCAUAUACUUAUGUACGCCAAAAUGAUGCGUUUAGAGUUAGGUGUAUCGUAGACAUUUGUUCGCUUUAAGAAAACUUAGUGAGCUCGCAAUAUCGAACAAAACGGUUGUUUCAAAAUUAAGAAAGCAUUGAACUGUUCGAAUUACAAAUUGCCUAGGGCACUCAAUUCUUCAGAAUCAUUCAAAGCGAAGAAAACAGGCUAUUAAUUUUAAGCGGUUUGCUCAAGAAAUUGCGUUUAAUCUGAAACUUAACGUUAAGUGAAAAAAACAGCGCCCGACAACAAUGCUUUGAUUGGCCGAAAUAUUGGCACAGACCAUACCGUAACGUAGCAUUUUGAUACUCGAGAUCAUCUAUUAAGUGUCACUGUUGGAAAGUAAAAAAAAUACCUGCGUGCAAGUGAACAAAAUCUGACGUUUGUGAAGCGUGUUUUUUCAUUUUUCUACGAGACAGAGAGAAUUAGCCGAACCCACGUCUCUCGACGAACAAAUAGAAAGAAUCAAUUCACUGUAAAGAUAAUUAGUACGAUAGUAAAGUGGCUGGAAAUAUCGAGGAACAUCAUUUUGUCUCGAUACACUUGCAAGUUUUCCCAAGAGGCCUACACGCGAUAUUUAUUAUAUGAAACAUGGAGAAAGCGCUCGAACUACACGUGGACUCUUGGGAUUGCUUGUAAUGCGUAAGGCGCUAGCUAAUCAUGUAAAAAAUGGGACGACGGAAAGGUGUAUCGCUGAAAUAUCAGGACACUUGAAAGGUUGCAGCGCACUCCGGUGUUCUUUUGUAUAUUUUCAAACGCGAUACGUGCAGCUAAAAAUCCGGGUAUAAUUUUGCGAGCGAUCUUUCAACUGUUCUAAGAACGUGCGUUUAUGUUGUAUCCGUAACGAAGUAAGAAAUGAAAACCAUACCAAGCGAAAUGCCAUAUGUGUUUACACAGAGGGAAAAUUUUCUAACGAGAAAAGGCUGAUUGUUUUUUAACGUAAACGUAAUUCACUUCACGACUUCGUCCUCCUUUUGGGGAUACCCGUUUGAGUCAAUGGUUUCAUCUUUCAUUUUUGGUUUUAAAAUGUAUGCAUUGUUUUGCAUAUUUUGCACGAAUAACUUUAAUUUUAAAGUUUAUGAUAAUAGAUCUUGUUUGAAGUAGAUUAAGUGAUUGUAAGUCCUCCGCCAUUUUGGAAGUGAACCUUAGGACUGCGAUACAAUUAAAGAAACUGCAACGAAGAUUUUUAUAGUCAGUUAUAGGCGCAAUACAAAUUGUAGUAUUAUUCACAGUAAAUUCGUCAAUUGUACUCAGUAAAUUAGCAUGCUUGUUACUAUUCGUUUUACAAUUAAAUAGAUAGCCAUCAUAAACAUCAAAUCAUUGACUCAAGGGGAAGCCUCAGAUACUAGAGUUAGGAUCUUUGCCUCGAAUCGGAUGCCUAGACAAUUUCACUUUUAUAUUUACAUCUGAUAGGAUUUACACGAUCGAAUCAAAGGCCUUCGAGCACAAGGGGAGGACGAUUGUCGACGAGAAUUUAUCCUGGACAACGUUUCUGACGCGAAUUGUAUCUCGUACUUUUGUUCACCUAUUAAGAAAGUAAAUGAUCGCCUCAGAAACGUUGUCUCGGGUCACGUGAUUGGUUUUCAAUUCAGGGAUGUAAAUCACUGUGCGAUACAAUUUUGUAAUGUAACUGUGCAUACGGAAGCAUGUAAUAAAAGAAGACUAAACGACGGCAUCA